AAACGAGCCGCCUGCGCCGCGCCGGGAAGACCUGGGGAGCGUCCGACCGCACGCGCGGGACACGAGCGCCCCACGCUCCCCGGAGCGCACGGCCCGCGACCUCUCGGCCUCCUGCGUCUUGCUGUCCCAGGGCCCCAGACGACCUGGGACGCAUACCCUGGGGAACCGCUCAGCGGCGCAGUACCAGAGGCUCCCUUGGGGCACGACCGUUUCCCACCAAUCCCUGUUCCUCUGCCCGCAUCUUCCGGCGGGGAGCCGGGCCUCAGAGGAAUUGGCGAGCGAGUGAAUGCGGGCGCGAUGGACAACGGCGCGCUGCCCCGGCCCGCGCCCCCUGCGCCUGGCGUCUCGGGCGGCUGCGCUGCUCGGCGGCGGUCCGCGUCCCCAGAGCUGCUGCGCUGUAGCCGGCGGCGGCGGCCGGGCGCGGCGGAGACCGGCGGUGGCGCUGCGGCCGUGGCACGGCGCAACGAGCGCGAGCGCAACCGCGUGAAGCUGGUGAACUUGGGGUUCCAGGCUCUGCGGCAGCACGUGCCGCACGGCGGCGCCAGCAAGAAGCUGAGCAAGGUGGAGACGCUGCGCUCGGCCGUGGAAUACAUCCGCGCGCUGCAGCGCCUGCUGGCCGAGCACGAUGCGGUGCGAGCCGCGCUGGCUGGGGGGCUGCUCGCGCCAGCCGCGCGGCCCCCCGCACCCCGAGGGCCGCGCGGGACCCCAGCCGCCGCCGCCUCGCCCUCCUGCGCCUCGUCGUCCCCGGGCCGCGGGGGCAGCUCGGAGCCCGGCUCCCCGCGCUCUGCCUACUCGUCGGACGACAGCGGCUGUGAGGGUGCGCUGAGCCCGGAGGAGCGCGAGCUGCUCGACUUCUCCAGCUGGUUGGGGGGCUACUGAGCGCCCGCCUCACGAGCCGCGCCCACCACCUGGGAGCCAGCACGGUGGACCCGCCCGUGCCUUCGUCCCCGGUGUCCCGGCGGGCCAAGCCACCGCCGAGCCAGGGACCCCGCCGACGCCCCCCCGCCGUCCAGGCUGACCAAGCGCCAGUGUGGAAACGGGUCCCGGCCUGACCUCACCGGGUUCUGACCACCCCGCCCCCAGGGGCUUUCCACGUGCAAGGGGGCUGGGCACCAACACUUGGAGGAUUUUCUGACAGGGAGAGGAUUUUGUGAGGACAUGGAGAAUCUGUUUUUUACACAUUAACUUGAACUGCCCAGGAACACUGGCAAUAUGAAGACUUAUUUUUGUACAAAGAAUCUUUAGACUUGGAACACAAUAAAGAUUAUCUACCCCCGCCCCACCCCCACUACCUGGAAUUGUCUAACCUGGCCAAGAUCUGGACCCCACAGCCCUAGAGGAGCAGGAUCCCUGGUGGGCGUCCCCUCGGGGUGCUGGGUUGAUGCAGGGCAGUGCUCCGCUGGGGAGAAACAAUGUCUGGAAACCUGUUUUGGGAAGGUGGACUUUAUAAGUAAAUCGGUACUGUGUAU